GUGGCUGCGAAGUGUGCCUGCUCCGCUGGAUACUCCCAGAAAGAGAAAAUGUCCACCCGGUACCACCAGGCAGCUGCCGACGGCAAUCUGGAAGUACUGAAGGAAGCAACCCGAAAAGACCUGAACACUUCGGAUACAGAUGGGAUGACACCCACCCUGCUGGUGGCUUACCACGGGAACCUAGAAGCGCUGGAAAUAAUUUGCCGGAGAGGAGGUGAUCCAGAUAAGUGUGACAUUUGGGGGAACACUCCUCUUCACCAUGCAGCUAUCAAUGGCCACAUCCAUUGUGUUUCCUUCUUAAUCAAUGUUGGCGCAAAUAUCUUUGCCCUGGAUAAUGACAUGCGUUCUCCUCUCGAUGUGGCUGCCAGCAGAAACCAAUACGAAUGUGUCAGGAUUCUCGACAAUGCUGCCACCGAACAGACGAUCAAGAACCCCAAACGGGUCUCCAGGCUGAAGGCUCAGGCGCCACAGGAUGCUGCGCGACAAAUCCGUGAAUGUGAAAGACGUCAAGAGAAGCAUGAAGAUAAAAUGAACAGGAACUUUAACAAAGGGUCCAUGUAUUUACCAAGGGGAACAGCUACAAGGCAAAAGGUGUCCAAUUUCUUUGCUUACAGCUCACUAAGCACAUUGCCCAAACAGCUGAAAGACACCUUCAAGCUGAGAACAAAAAAGAAAGGGGAGAAUGUAGACAAUCAAGAAGCCGGAAGCAGUGGACGAGAGGAGGACAUCGCAGCCGGCCGAACUGCUGUAAUGGAUGUAUUCAACGAAAACGAUGAAGAAGAACUACCUAGUGAAUUUAACAGAAAAGCCAGUAUUUCCGAAGGCGAAGAAGAAGAAGAGUUAAGAUCGAAGUCUAUCUUCAAUCGUCCAGGUCUUGGCAACAUUGUUUUUAGAAGCAACUUUUCCAUGGGCAAAAAUGCAGACAGCACAUCAACGAAGAAAGAAGAUGUACGUUUCAAAAUACCAAAUGGACUGCUUUAUGUUGAAGAGCCUGAAGAGGCUGAUGAUCCAGACGUAGGGAAUGAUUUUGAUGAGUCUUGGGCUGAAGAGGAAAUUGGAUGGGAUGAUGGCAAAGUGGAGACCACCCCCCUUGAGGUAUUCCUGGCAUCACAGAACUUGGAUGAACUCCUUCCCGGCUUGAUGAGAGAAAACAUUGACUUAGAGGCCCUGAUGCUUUGUUCGGAUGAAGACCUAAGGAACAUACAAAUGCAGCUGGGUCCAAGGAAGAAAAUCCUAAAUGCAAUCAACAGGAGAAAACAGGCACUAGAGAGUCCUGGCAAGGCUUAAGACACUCCGUUAUAAAUACUCCGUUAUUGCAGACAGUGUUUAAGGCAAAUUGCAUUGAAUCCAGAGGUUGCACUUCAGAGAGAUGAUAUUAUAAUUUUCCCCAAGAAGGAUUUAGCUUUCAGGAGCUACCUUAGUAGGAGCAGCUUCAGUAAUGAACAAUGUUCUGCAUGCUGAUUCUUUUGCUUAUCAUUGGACCCAUUCACAGGACUUUUUUCCAUGAGGAAGCAGCCAACAGGCAUUGCCUUAAUUAUGAUGGCAACAGAACAGUUUCACCAGGCAGUGCUGCAGUUGAGAGAUAUUGGAGGAGCCUUGAAGCUGGUCUACAUCCUCGUGGGCCACCCAAGAUCUUUAGGCAGGCCACAUGUGGCCCCCAGGCCGCAUGUUGUGCAGGCCUGUCCUAACCUCUGACAUUGCAGGGCCAAAACCUGAGAAUGAGGGACUUGUGGUAUCAGAAGGGGUGAGUCUUGGCGAUGUUAUAAUAUUGAUGUUACAAGGGCCAGCCCCUGAUAAGCAUGGUAUAUUAAGCAUCGACUAUAGUUGGUUACAGUGUGUCAUUCACAUCUAAAAACACCAUACAACAAAUGAUUAAAAUGCAUACAUACACACUUUUUUUUCAAGCUCAAUGAGAUUCCUUCCCUUCCCUUUCCCUGUAGACUGGAAAACAGAGGCCAUGCCAUGAGAUCUGGCAACCCUAUUGCCCACUCUUGCAUACCCCGUUGCAGGACAUGACAAAGCCUUGGUCUUAGAUUUUGGCCUUCAAAUCUCAGGGAAUGGAAUACCGCUAGUUUGGCAACCAUACUGGCAGCACUAUGCCCACCCCCUCGCUCUCAUUUCAGUGCCACCUAAGCCAACAUGAUACUGAAAUGACUGUCACAGCAUCAUCUGGAUAUACACUAGACAUUCUCGGACCCUUUUCUCUAAACUUCUCAGCCCAGAUGAAUCAACUACUGAUUUUAUGAGAAAAGCAAAUAGGAAUCAUUUGGAAAUAUAUCUGGUCUAAAAACCAAUUAUCUUUAUAGGAGCAGAAAUCUGAAAUCAAGCCACCAUCAGGCUCUUG